GGGGGUGGCUGUUGAACCGUAAGCUGCAGGGAUACGCAGAGCUACAAAAAUGAUUAAGCUCUCGAACAGCUGAGGAGGUUUUAUUACAUGCUGGGAGUCGUUCUGAACCGAAGGAGAAGAGGAAAUAAUAAUAUAGUAAAGCGUCAGGCAGCGAGACUAUUGGUUGGAGUUGUUGAGCCAGAAGGGUCGAUAGGAGUCAAUCGCGGACCUUUCUGUUCAUUAUCCCCUCCUUGUGUGGCGAGCAGCCAGACGUAAAUCACUUCGAGUGAGUACUAGUCCUUCUCUGAACCGAUGGCGGACUCUGCCGGCACCAGGCUGCCCGGGACCUGGGUGACCGCUGGAUACAGGGAGGGCACGCCGGCGGGGAUGGCCGACGAGAAGCCUAAAAAGAGAGCUUUCUACCUGGUCAGGAUGAAACCCCUCGCCAACCACAAGGAGCCCGCGAACCACAAUAACAUGUCCUUCAUGAUCCACUGCCACAUAGGCAAAGAAAUCAAGCACAUCUGCAGCAACUGCAGCCGCGGGAACGAGGCGCAGGACGCUGAGGAAGUAGAAAGACUGGCUGCGAUGCGCUCCGAGUCCCUCGUCCCCGGAACUCACACCCCUCCCAUCAGGAGAAGAAGCAAGUUUGCCACGCUGGGCAGGCUUUUCAAGCCCUGGAAGUGGAGGAAGAAGAAAAGUGAGAAGUUCAAGCAGACGUCAGCAGCUCUAGAGAGAAAAAUAUCAAUGAGGCAAAGCAGAGAAGAGCUGAUUAAGCGAGGUGUGCUGAAGGAAAUUUUUGAAAAAGAUGGGACGAUCCCUGUAACAAAAGAAGACGGGAAGUUAGAAAACGGGCAGUCACCGGUGUCCAUGUCUAACACAUUAGAGAGCGAAGCAGAGGAUCAUACGUAUGAGGUGCUUCCCACCCCAGAACUCAUGGACGGGACAGGCUCAGUAGAAUUCCAGACGUCUAUUGAAACUGGAGUCUGCUCCCAGGACCCUCUGAUGAAGCCUACCUUGGUUUUGCCUCCUAAAAAACCUGUGGCCUUCCCUGGUGACAAUCAGGACACCCCAGUGAAGCAGCCCAUGUUCCUAAAGCAACCCCCAGCUCUUCCUCCUAAGCCUUUCUCACGGUUUCCCAACCACAUAGCCGACUCAGGCCAGCCCAUCAAACUGCCCUGUAUGCCGGGCAAGCUGUCUCCUCCACUACCUCCGAAGAAGGUGAUGAUCUGUGUUCCCCCGGGUGGCAUGGAGCCUGCCCUCACUUCCUACUCCUCACAGAAGUGCUCUCCGCAGCCUCUAGGGCAGCACCACCCGGCCAUGCUGCCCUCCCAGCAGCACCCGCUGCAGUACGGCGGCACCCACCUGUCCCCCACGCCGGUGCCCAUCUCCCUCCACCCGGUGCCUUCCAGCAGAGUCAUCGAGGAGCUCAACAAGACCCUGGCCUUGACCAUGCAGAGGCUGGAGAGCUCUGCCUUGCAUACAGGGCUGGAAGGAAGACAAGUGCCAACAGUAGUGAUAGAGUGUGAUGAUGACAAAGAAAAUGUGCCUAAUGAGUCAGACUAUGAAGAUCUCCCCAGCAUGUACAAAGACGACGACGAUGACGACGACGACGAUGACGACGAUGAAGAUGACGACACGCUCUUUACAAGUUCUUUGGCUUUGAAGGUCUGCAGGAAAGACUCGUUGGCGAUCAAGCUUAGCAACCGGCCCUCCAAGCGAGAGCUGGAAGAGAAGAAUAUCAUCCCCAUGCAGACAGAUGAAGAGAGGCUGGAGAUGAGGCAACAGAUUGGCACGAAAUUAACACGGCGAUUAAGUCAACGUCCUACGGCAGAGGAACUAGAGCAGCGGAAUAUUCUUAAACCAAGGAACGAACAAGAGGAGCAGGAGGAAAAGCGAGAAAUUAAACGGCGACUAACACGGAAGCUCAGCCAGAGGCCUACAGUAGAGGAGCUCCGGGAAAAGAAGAUCUUGAUACGCUUCAGUGAUUACGUGGAAGUGGCUGAUGCCCAGGACUACGAUCGGAGAGCAGACAAGCCCUGGACUCGACUCACAGCAGCUGACAAAGCAGCCAUUCGGAAGGAACUAAACGAAUUCAAGAGCACUGAAAUGGAAGUGCACGAGUCGAGUCGCCAUCUAACCAGGUUUCACAGACCGUAGAACUCUACUGUUCGAAGAUUACCGUGUGGGCUUUUUCCCACUAUGAACCUUAAGUGCUGGAUCAUAACAGGUGCCCAUGUCAACAGUGAAGCUGUCUUCUGAAUUGCCUUUCUACCCCUGAAUAGUACCAGUAACAUUCAGAACUAAACUUAAAGAUGGUUACUGCCACAAUAACAGACUUGCUAACCCCCAGAGCUCCCUGGCAGGGGGUUGCAACAGAUAACGAGCCACAUCCAUCACUGAAUGGCUUUGUAGACGUUUUUUGGAUCACAGACUUACCAUUUCAAGCCACUCCCACGUGCGCCUGUGUUCGCCCGUUGUCCGGCAGGACUCAUCCGCACAGUGUCAACCGCAGCAGGGAGAGCUUUCCUUCCUGGUCCUGGAUGAACAGUAAGGUCCAGGCUCCAUCUCCUCCGCUAAAGACAUCUGUAGACCUUCGUGCGUCAUGUGCUUAAGCCAGCUUUGCCAAGUCACAGACUGCUCUCGCCCCGGAGAGGAGAGGUGAGGUCUCCAGUUUAAAAGUCCUGAGACUGUGCUUGUGACAGACCUGCAGCAGCUCAAGGCUUUUGGAUUCCUGUGCAAUAUUGCGAACUUCCUCAUACUGUGCUAGAAGGGUUUUCAUGCACUUGCUUGUAUGUCAACCAUUUACGAUUCUUUCUUAAACUGCAGGUGAAUGGUGAGCAGCUUGAAUUACACAAUUCAAUAAUACUAGUAGAACUACUUAUUAUAACAGUAAUAAUAUUAUUGAUGAUAUUUACUGCUAACUGUGAAACAAGCGUGCAGACAAUUUGUUUGCCUUUUUUAAUGUAUAUCAUGUUUAUACUUCAGUACAGAGAUGUUAUUUUAGCUAUCUAAAAUGUUCCUUUGGCGCAGUCAUUCUAUAAGAGAUUGAAAGGACAGGAUAAGGUGACAUGGAUAUUGAUGAAAAUAUACUGGUCACAAGCCAAAGUUUUAUGUAAGGUUUUCUAAACAAUAUACAUUUUGAUUUGAAUUUUUUAUAGCGUUCAGCUUCCAUGACAUGUUGUGUGACUAAUUAUAAACAUGUGUUUAGUCCCUUUUCCCGAUGUUUUAUGGCACAUACCUGUUUAGGGCUUUGGACUUGUAACUGGAAGGCUGUGGGUUUAGAUUUUGGGGGGCACAGCGGUCGCACCCCUGAUGAAGGCACCUCAGUUAUAAUGCUUCAGUAAACUUCCUGGUUGUAUUAAUAGAUACAAACGUAAGUCACUUUGGAUAAAAGCAUCAGCCAAAUAAAUUAUUAAUAACCAUUGAGAAAUCGGUGGAAAGAAAGAGACUAUAAAGAGAGGUACCAUGUGUUAGACUACCAGCAGGAUUAUACAUCACUUUCUUUGGCUCUUCAUUAUGGCAGAAAAGCCAUUUUAUUUACCUAAUAUGACAAAUGUGCCACUGGAUAUUUCAAGUCUACUUCAUAAAAAUGCAAACAUCAAUACAUAAAACAUGGACAGUUUAAAAUCAAAUAUUAAACGUUUACAGUGUUAGCAAUAGAUGUUUAGCCUAUCGACAAUGGGAAAGUCCAAGAGCUGGCACUAUAGUUGGGGAAAAAAAAUGUAAUUGCACCAAAAGAUUUUACUGCAAUUUUCUCUUCCACAAGAAUCUCUCUCUUCCUUGUAUGUAGCAUUAGUUAUGUUUUGGGCAUCUCAUUCUAGCAAAAAGCAUCAGCUUUUUAAAACAUGUUUUGUCUUUCCCACCAUAAAUGUUUAAACAUAAUUCCGUCCUGUGACAGAGAGAUGCAGACUAAUGGACUUAAAAUGUUUAAAAUGUUUUACAGUGCAUUAUCCUAAAAGUUUCCAUUACGAGACAAGUUUGUACAAUAUGAUUGGCAAGUGAUUUAUUCGAUAAAAAAUGGUGGCGGGUUUCCCUUCUGUGAUAUGGGUUAACAGCUUCAAAACCAUGCUGGUCCCUAUUCCGUUUCACAAUGGUACAAAUUUUCAUGAAUGAUAUACGGUGAGAUAAAUCUGCAGUGUAUACAACCUAAUAACAAACCAAGCUGGCAUUCAUCUUGCUGAGUGAUUUUUUUUUUUUUACAGUCAUAAACAUGCAUUGCCAUUUCCUGGUAUCAUUCAGUUUAUAUAGUUUUAAAUUGUUUCACUCGACUGGACUUUUAAAAUAUGUUACUAUUUUGGGAUUAACCAAUAAUAACUGUCCUUUCUGUUCAAAGAAACCAGUAGCUGUAGCCACUUUCUUAAAAUUCUAAGAAGAGAAAUGCAGACACAAUAAUAAUCAAAGUGUUCAGCAUUAAACAUUUGGACUUUUGCUGUACUGUGCCGUAACAUUUAUAAUCUGUGAAAUCAGUUACUAGUUUUAGGGGAGGAGGAUUUUUGCUGCUUGAUCGAGAAGCAGAGUCUGUAGAAGUGUGACAUUUCUAAAGAAAGACCAGAAGUGUUGACAUGUUGUUGCAGGACUGAGAAACGCAAAUUGAGCAAUAACUUGUACGAUUUCCUCGUACACGAAGUCAGUGACUGUCUCACUUUAAUGCGAUGUGCUAAAACCUACACUUUUAAUUUCAGGUAUUAUCAUGGCUCUAACAGCCAGUGAAGUUGAGAGAUUUUUUACGGGACAAAAACAGAAAUCAUAGAAAAGGCCAUUUUGCUAUGGCAAUUUAUAUGUUUAAUCACGUUCUUCAGUGUGGAUUUCUAAAUUAAGGGAGAAUAUUGUUCCCAUGUGCGGAUGUUCACUUUCAAGGCUAGAGGGAAUUACUGGCUGCCUUAAUGCUUUGUUCAUAUGGUCCCAGUUACACCAAAAACUCACUGAAGACUUGAACAGUGUGAAUGGGAAUUUUCCGUUAAUAAUAUUUCAUAUGAUGUGUUCACACUUGUGGCAUCUUUUUUUUAAAACUUCUUUUCAAUUUGUUCUUGGUGUAACUCGGGUAUCCACGCUGUUACCCAAAUUUUCCUUUCUGUGCUCAUAGUGACCCUUAUGUACCACCCUUCUAAAAAAGGUUAAGGCUGCCAUGUUGUCAAAUGUUAACAGUUUAUAUGUUUACCCAGUAGAUGAUCAGCUGUUUUUUAAAGGUGUAGAUUAAAGAAUCUAAGGUUCUUUAUUUUAGGAUCUUGUGGAUCAAACCUAGGAAUUAAGAUCAAAUUGAUUUUAAGAUUUUCUCCCAGCAUGUAUGAAUCAAUGAGACUGAAAUGAAAUGAGUUUUCAUAAAGGGAGUUUUAAUGACGUGCGGUUACAGAAAGGAUUAGUAUUAAACAUUCUGUUAGUUAUUUCAAUGAAAGCCAGAACAGUGGCUCAAUAUUGGAAUAAUUGACAAUUGAUUAAAAAUAACCAACAGGAAACUGUAUUUUCAUAUAAAGAAAACAAAAUAAAAAUGGAUAAAACAGCACACAAUUUGCCCAAAGGGAAAUAGAAACGUUUACAACUGACUCCUAAAGAGAAGUAGCCAAUUAAAAUUAGAACUCGAAAUCCUCCCUUUAUGCAAACAAGAAAUUAUUCUGGCCCUGUACAUCUUUUCUACAGAAGAAUCUGUUUUUAAAAGAUUACAUUUAAAAAUCUGAAGUGCUUUAAGGAUAAGCGACAGAUCCAGCUUUAAUUUUCCAAGUGCGUCCUCACACUGAAGAGGAAAAGCCUUUAUUAUAUAAAGUAAAUUUGAGUAACCUAUAAAGUGAGGGGUUAGUCAAAGUUGAACCUUCCCUAUACCUUUGCAGAUCUACACUGGUAGACAGGCAUUGAGCACUUCAUUACUGUCUGUAACUGUACACUGUACACCAGGCUCUCUGCUGUAUUAAUAAUCCCCUUCUACUGUAGCAAUCAUUUUUAUUGAGUCUUGCAUACUGGGAAAGCAAGGGAAACUAUAAUUCCAUUUAACUUAGUUUGUGUAACAGUACAACUACCCACUCAACUCAAGUUGCAGACAUGCAAGUUUUGCAAAAUUAUCACAUUUGUGCAAUCAAUUAUAGUGUACCGCAUUUUGAACACCUAAUUUAAAAAUUAGUUUUUUUUUUGUUAAAACAAGGUCAGAGUGUGAGAAGAUAUUUAGUUACAUUGAACUAACCAGGGUUAGAAAAGACUAAGCCUGAAUGUCAGGUACUGCACACGUCCGAAGAAUGUGAAGAAUCACCCAAGACAUGGAAUUUCCAGAACAUUUAAUUUGGUAUUCACAAAGACCCUAGUUUGAACUCUUACUACCAUGCAUAAUUUAACUUGGAGCACUGCAAGAUGGUUUUCAAUUCUUUAAACAAAUGGCUAUUUUAUAAUCCCUGGAAUCGCCAAAAAAAAGGCAUUAUUUCUCCAUUCAAAAUUCUUUUCAGACUCCGAUAAUAAAUGGCUCUGUAGUAAUAUAACAAACUAGAAGUAACACACAUGAAUGCUUUAUACAGAUUAAGGUUUACAAAAACAAAACCCAGUCUAUGUUCUCAUGUGUUUGUCCAACAGGAGAAAAGUCCAUCUCUGAAAUGUUGUUUGUACAGUUUGUCUUCGUAUAGGAGUGAAUGCUGUGACCGUCUCCCUGUAUUCUUCCAGUAUUGUAAUUUAAGACAAAAAAAGAAAACCUAUGGGUGUAUGAAAUCUGUAAAUAACAAAUUAACUGGGUCUCUAAAUAUGUUAUAACUUUUUUUGUACAGACUGAAACUGCAUGUAAUUGUUUAACUUAUUGUUUGUCUUUAAUGAUGUAUGCAGUUUCUUAUAAAGAAACCUUAUUUAAAA